AUGACUGACGUCCUGAUGCAGUUUAUGAUUGGUGGCCCUCAUGUCAAUCAGAAGAUGUCCGGCUGGAGAAUCGAUCGACCCAGUCCUGGCAGAAGCAGCAUCGACCCGACAGGCUGUGAUUGUAUUUCAAGCAUCCGCAGUAUUGUGCUUUUAUGGCAGAAGUUUUUGCCCCUGUCCUCGGGUUUGAGAAGGAAAGAAAGAGCGGCCAGGGCCGUGGCUGGCCGCUGUGCAGGGGAACGCGUGCGAGCGAAGGGUUCAGGACAUUUGAGGAAAAUGCCGCCCAAGAAUAAAGGGAAGGCAAAAAAAGGAAAGAAAGGAGCAGAAGGAGACAAUAUUGAGGAGAAAUACAAGAGGACAGUUCAUCAAGUGGAAUCGCUCAAAGAUCAGUUAGUUCUGCGGAGGGAUAUUGCAAGACAGGCUCUGCUGGUUAAAGAAGAGUGGAAGGCAAAGCUGCAAGUUCUCAAGAAUGAUUUGAAUGAAGAACAAGAGGUUAAGAAGGCGAUACAUUCAGAUAUGACUCGUCAGUACAAGACAUUGCGGUCUGACAUGGACCUCCGAGUCCAUCAGUUGGAGAUUGAGGUCAGUCACCUGCAGCAACAACUCACAUCAUGUCAGCAACAAUUAGCAAGAACUCAGGAGGAGAAGCUCCAGAUCAUCAAGGAGAAAGAUUCCACCAUCAAAGAGCUCCAGAGCAAGAUAGACAACAUGGAAACUGAGUAUGAGGUCAUCCUCCAUGACAGCUUGGACAUGCUACUAAACAAGCUGGAAAUGGCCAGAAGUCAGUGGGAGAAAACAGCAACCCGUUUCCAUUUGGAACAGAAGCGGAAACUGCUGGAAUUUGGGCUCAACCCACUGGAGAUUUAA